AUGUCCGAGCUUGUUCGCACUUUGCCUGCCUCCUGGUACUGCAGCCAGCCGUUAUAUCAGAUGGAGCGGCGGGCUGUCUUUCUCAAAUCCUGGUACUUGCUCGGCCCAGUCACCAGAUUCCAGGUUGUGGGCGAGCAUGUUUCAUACGAGAUUGCGCAGCGGUCUGUCUCCGCUGUUCGCACUUCAGGGGAGACUCUGAACCCCGUGGAUGAGGAGCUGAAGGUUGUCUGCGCGAAAACCGGUAAAGAACUGCGCAGUCAUCUCACCCCCACUGGACUCCUCUUCUCAACUAUCUCCGACGAUGCUCCUAGUUUCCAUGAAUUCUUCCCAGAGCUCGAGGAGCUGCUCGGUAAAGUCGACUUCACUAAACUACCGCACCGUCGGAGCAUCAACUAUGAAGGCCGGUUUAACUGGAAGACCAUGGUCGACGGAUAUCAAGAGUGUCUACACUGCCAAUACACUCACCCGUCUUUCUCCAAAUACUAUCCGCCGACCUUCUACACCGUGCGCAACAAGCACAAUUUCUCGCAGCAUAUCGCAGACCCAAAUAAGUCAGAUGACGGUCUAUUCCUGUACUUCUUUCCCAACUGCACGCUGAAUGUCUAUGGUGGUGGCAUGUCCUGCUUCAGAGUAUGCCCGACCGCUGACCCGCAGGUCACCCGGAUGGAAUUUGACUACUUCCAUCUUGAAUCUGGAGACAAGUUCGAAGAAUACUUCAAAUUCGUGCGCCAAGUGGCUAUGGAAGACUUCGAGCUCUGCGAGAAGGCCCAGAGCAAUCUGGCUAGGGGGGUUUAUCACGAGGGAAUUCUGAACCCAAACAAGGAGAAUGGCGUGUCUUACUACCAGAGACGGGUGUUUGAUAUGGUCUGCGAGCAGCAUGAGUUUGACAGGACUGCCAAGGCAGCGAAAGAGUCAGGACUGGAGGAGCAUGUCGCGCCCUCCAUGGUUCAAAUGGCAGCGUAG